AUGAGCGAGCCUUUUGCGCAAGAUCGUUCGCGCAAGCGGCACUCGGAGGAAGGCGGCUACGAUACGGAAAAGCGGUACCGCCGCGAGUACGAUCCGCGCGAGCGCAGGGCAUGGGACAGGGACGGAGGCUAUUCACGACGCCGCGACGAUCGUCCGCGCCGUGAUUUCCGGCGCAGAGAGUAUGCGCCGCGCAACAGCUCCCCACCGCCGCCCAAUACGAUCCGUUUACGCGAGCGCCCUCGUUCCGUGACGCUGUGGGACAUUCCGCCGAAAGGCUUCCAGGACACCGACCCCCUUUCGGCCAAGGCGACGGGGUAUUUUGGCGCGCCUGUAAAUUCAAGCGUGACGUCCAUCAUGGCGCCGGGCAUGGAUGAGCCUGCGCCGAAAAGCGCCAUAAAGCACGCCAGCGAUCCUGCUCUGGCUACCGCGGUAUACCAUGCAAAAGAGCACCAGCAAUUGCGCCAAUUACGCGUGUUUAACGUCUCGUCCGACAUGUCGGACGAGACGCUGCGCAGCUUUUUGAAUGCAAUCAUGGAGGAGCGCAAGCUGGUGAGCUCGCUGACCAACGAGCCAUGCGUGCGUGUCGUGAUGCACCUUGAUGAAAACUACGCAGUAGCCGAGUUUCGCGAUCCAGACGACGCGACGAACGCGAUGCUGCUGGACAAUGCCGAGUUCCAGUCGGAGACGCUGCGCUUGGAGCGGCCAAAAGACUACAAAGGCACCGAUUCUUCCUACGCAACACUGCGCUCGCUUGAGACCAGUGUUCCGAACGGACCGAACAAGCUGUACAUUGGAAGCAUUCCGCUCUUCCUCUCCUCGAACGAAGUAGUCGAGAUGCUCAAGCCUUUCGGCGAGACACGCCACUUUGAUCUCCUGCUCGACACCCACGGCCACUCGCGGGGCAUUGCUUUUACCGAGUUCUUCGACGAGGAUGCGGCCUACCUUGCCCUCGAAGGGCUCAACGGGCUCAUGGUCGGCGGCCAGCGUCUCGUAGUGAAACGCGCCGUGCCCGAAAAGACAGUGGAGGAAGAGGAUGCACAGGAAACGUCGGAAGAGCCUACACGUGCAAUGACGAUGCUGAAUAUGGUCACAGUCGACGAGCUCGUGGACGACCAGGAAUACAACGAUUUGCUCGAGGAUGUGCGCGAGGAAUGCAGCAAGUACGGGAACCUUGUCGAUGUUCGCAUUCCGCGCCCUGCAGCGCAGAGCAAUAGCGGUGCAGCACACUCAUGGCAGCAGCAAGGCGGCGAAGGCAUAGAACGACGGGGGAUCGGCCGCGUGUACGUUAAAUUUGCCGAGGUGCACGAGUGCAGUGCGGCGUUCAAAGCAACCGCUGGCCGCUUGUUUGACGGGCGCACAGUGAUUUGUGCUUAUCUACGCGAAGAGGCAUGGCCGGGCACGGAAGACGGCGGUGAGAGUCUAUAG